AUGGCAGAACAAACAAAUCAAGAACUAAUAGAACAAUUCAAACUAAUUAUAGGAUUUGAAGCUAACGACGAUUCUGGUGAAAAUGACAUAGAUUCCAAAAUUACUCGACUAUUAACAAUUCAUGAUUAUAAUUUAAAUAAUUCAAUAUCAACAUAUUUUGAUUCUCAAUUUGAAACAAUUGAAAGUAUAAAUUCAAUUAAUAAUGAAUCAGAAACAGGUAUAAGUACAUCUAUAGAAGCAAGAGAAAUUGAAGAGCUAAUAGGUAGUGAUGAUCAAGAAAAUGGAGGAGAAAUUGGAGAAUUAAUACAUAGAUCAACAAGUUCAAAUACAAGAGGUGAAUUCGUAAAUUUACAAAGUCAAAUGUUUAUGAAUUCUAUGAUGCCUAGAUUACCUAAAGCUCCUACGAUUCCAAUGCGAUGGCAAUUAGAUGUUGGACUUUAUAGUUCUAUAUUACAUGAUAAAGAACAAAAGGAAAAAGAAAAAGAACAAGAACGAUCCGAAAUAUCCUCAAUAGCAGAUAGUGAAAAAUCAAAUGAAACAUAUGAAUAUAAAGAUAAGACAAUAAGAUCAAAAUGCAAAAACUCAAGUAAUGGUUCAAUUCUAAAUACAUUAUGGUUCAUCCUUUUAAUUAUUCCCAAAAAUUUUCUACUGAUUAUUUUAACGUCAAUUAAAUAUUUAUUUGGAGUUGGAAGUUGGGGAGAUAAUAUUAAUGGAAAUAAUUUCUCAUUAAAUAAACUGUUUAAUUUUGAUGAAAAUUUUAAUCCAAAUUAUUCAUGCAUAAAAGCAUUGAGUGAAGAAACUGAUAACCAGAAUAUUAAAAAAUUCAAUAACUUGAAAGAUUCUGAUUUUAAUGAAAUUCAUCAACAUUGUCAAAAGGAAUAUGAUUGGUUAUUAGUAAUUCUAACUAAUGAUUCCCAAGAAAAUCAAAAUUUUAUACAAGGUUUAUUUAAUAAUAAAAAUUUUCAAAAAAAUUUUAAUACUGAAAAUGGAAUUUAUAAUAAUUUAAAAAUAUAUUUAGGAAAUAUAGAUAAUCAACCAGAAUCAUUUGAAAUUGCCAAAACUUAUAAAAUUAAAAAAUUACCUUACGUGAUGUUAAUUGCAAAUGUAUCAUCAUCACCAGAUAUAAUGGCAUCAAUGUCAAUAGUUUAUAAAUCAAAUAUUUCAUCAAAUUUUAUAGAAUCAGAAAAGGAAAUAAAAACAACUAUUUCAAAAAUCAUCAAAAAUUUAAUUAAAAAUAUUGAAAAAUUUAAUCCUCAAUUAAUUUCUGCAAAAUAUGAUAAACAAGAAAUGGAAUUUAGUAGAUUAAUAAGACAACAACAAGAUGAUGCAUAUACUGAAUCAUUAGUUAGAGAUCAAAUUAAAAAACAAGAAAAGCAAGAUAAAAUAUUAAAAGAAUCUAAGAUAAGAAAUUUAAAAAAUUUAAAAAUUUGGUAUAUUAAUAAGUUAUUAAAUGAUAAUUUUAUUGAAUCAAUUACUGGGAAAGAAGAUUCUACUGAAACAUCACCAUCAACAUCUUCUUCUUCUUCAGCAUCAUUAUCAACAUCAACGACAGCAUCACCAACAAAAUUAAGAGUAUCAAUAAAAUUACCAAAUGGUAAAAGAAUAAUAGAAAAUUUAAAUUCCAAAAUAACAAUACUUGAAUUUUAUAUAUUUAUAGAAUUAAAAAUUUAUUUAACUAAUGAAACAAAAUUGGAAGAAGAGGACCUCAAAAGUUUAGAAAUUGAAGAAGAAUAUAAAACAAGAUAUAAAAAUCAUUUAGAAUUUUUUAAAGAAUUGGGUUUUAAAUUUAAUAUUAUUCAACCUUAUCCUAAAAAAAUUAUCCAAUGUAACAGUUCAAAUUUUAUUGGUGAUUUACCUGAAUUUAAAGGAGCUAAUUUUUUAAUUGAAUUUAAUGAUGAAAAUGAAGAUGAAAGUGAAAUUGAAGAAGAGAAUGAGGAAUUGGUUUCAUAG